ACUUACCAAUGACGCGAAUGGCUGGCGGGUGCUACUGAUAAAAUUCGAUUCCUCCCAUAGAAAGAAAGAUAGAGAGAGAGAGAAAGAGAAAAGCUUGAAACUUUAGGAGGAUUGUAAUUGACCGCAAGAAAGAGAUUCCUCGGCUCGCAUCAAAGAAAGAUUCCUUCAUGACGACCAAUUACGCAUUCACCGGUGAUGAUGACGACUCUUCAAAGCAACUCAUCUUGCUUGCAUCUGUUUGUUCUGGCAUCCUCAUGUGCAAACUCGUUUAUGACUUGACUGGUUUCAUAAGUCCUUUGCUCUUCAGUGCUUAUGGGAAACUUGAUGGCAAAGUUAGAAUGGAAUGGAACAACAGGGGAUUCUCAACGUUCCAUGCUGUUUUUGUUUCCGUGGCUUCAAUCUAUCUCCUGGUGAUUUCAGAUCAGUUUGAUGAGAGUGUUCAUGGUGAUUCAGUCAUCAAUAGUACAACUAGGUUAUCCGAAUCUGUAAUGGGGAUCUCCUUAGGCUAUUUUGUAGCAGACUUAAUGAUGAUCUUUUGGCAUUUCCCUACUCUUGGUGGUGUUGAAUAUGUUUUCCAUCACUGCUUAUCGAUGUUCUCCAUCAUUCUUUCUGUCACAAGUGGACAAGCACAGUUCUACAUAUUCAUGGUUCUCUUAUCUGAGGCCACAACCCCGUUUGUCAACCUACGGUGGUACUUGGAUGCUAGUGGUCAAAAAGGCUCCAAGGCUUACACACUCAAUGGAAUUGCCCUGUUCUUGGGUUGGCUGGUCGCAAGGAUCCUUUUGUUUAUCUACUUCUUUGUACACAUGUACUCCCAUUUUCAUCAGGUGAAGCAAGUGUUUCCACUGGGAUUUUACAGCCUUCUGGCGGUAGGACCGGUCCUGUCAACGAUGAAUCUUCUUUGGUUCUGGAAAAUCACCAAAGGAUUGAUCAAAACAAUCUCCAAGGCGACGGGAAUGAAAAAACAGUGAUGGUCAGAAAAACUCUGCUUGACAAGGAAAGAAAAAGAUCUCGAUUCCAUUCACUUUGAUCUGUUCAUGAAAAAAAAAUUGAUUGAUAUCAUAGUGUGACUGUCUUGGAAGCCUUUUCGGUUUAUAAGACUGCCUUUUCUUUGGGAAUUGUAUAUUCAAUACCUUCAGCUGUUUCUUAGGUAUUCCACUUGUAAAGUAUUAAUGUCACUCAGAUUUUAUUGAUGCUAGCUAGUUUUAUCAUUUGCAAAAUAAUGGUUUUAAGCUCGGUUUGGUGUAAACAGAGUGAUG